AUGAUGAACCAAGAGAUAAUGUGUGAAGUUGAAAUUGGGACACAUGGCAGUAUGGUGGAGAUAGAUGGCGAUGACCAAGUGGGAGUUAAGUAUGAAGAAAUAGAAACUGGUCAAUAUGAAGAGUAUAUUACAGAUGACCAAUAUGAAGAAGUGGAAGAGCAGGUUAUUGGAAUGCAGCAUUUAGAAGAAGAUUAUAAAAUUUCAGUGGGGAGUGAAGAAGUUAUUUUGCCAGGCAUCUCAGGAGAAGAGGUUCUACAUCCUACCACUGACAAUCCCUAUGAACCUGUUUACACAGCUCCACCCUCAACGAGCAGAAGAGGUCGCGGUCGACCCCGCGUUAACACCAACAAUACCAAUAACAUUCACCAUCUAAUGCCGAUUGGUGAAGUUCCUAUGGGUCUUAUGGAUGGAGUAACCCCUGGAAGAGGUGCAGCCAGACGAUGGGAACAGAAACAAGUACAAAUAAAAACAAUGGAGGGAGAGUUCUCGGUUACAAUGUGGGCUACUGGUGAAGAUGAUGAUGAUGGGUCCAAUCCAGAACCAGAUCCCGAUUACACAGAAUAUAUGACAGGAAAGAAAAAUAUUUUAGGCAAUGAAACUAUGCCAGGUUUAGAUCUAUCAGACCCAAAGCAAUUAGCGGAGUUUGCGAGACCGGGCCACAAGAUUAGACUAAAGAAACCAUCGCCGGAAUCCUCUGACAGAACGAUAGCAUGUCCACACAAAGGCUGCACAAAAAUGUUUCGCGACAAUUCAGCGAUGAGGAAACAUUUACACACGCAUGGGCCACGAGUGCAUGUGUGCGCUGAGUGUGGAAAGGCGUUUGUAGAAAGUUCGAAGUUAAAACGACAUCAACUAGUCCAUACUGGUGAGAAGCCCUUCCAAUGUACAUUUGAAGGCUGUGGGAAGAGGUUUUCACUUGAUUUUAAUUUAAGAACACAUGUCCGGAUUCACACGGGUGACCGUCCAUACGUAUGUCCAUUCGACGGCUGCAAUAAAAAGUUCGCGCAAAGCACAAAUCUCAAGUCGCACAUAUUAACUCACGCCAAAGCCAAAUCAAGAAACUCUCUCUCUCGUAAUGGUGGUGCCACUUACGAAUCUGCAAGAACUACACCCCAAUUUGUACAAUUAGAAGUAUCACCUGAUGACUCCAAUCCUCAGUUGAUCUUUUACACUCAUGAGUGA